AUGUUUCAUUACAAUAUAAUGUCGACUUCCAUAUCUUUCUGGAGACAAUCAAAAGAUAAAGCAAAAGCACAAGAACAAGUGAACCAGGCCUCUAGUUUCCCUGAGAAAUGCCCAUUGCACUUCUUAUGCGCUAUCCCAUCAACUUAUUUUGCUACUAAUCUAUAUAAGGGAAUAAAAACAUCGUGGCUGGCCCACACAAAAGAACUUCCACAGAACUCCGCUUCACCAGGAACAGAAAUACACACACUGGCUUCAUCAUUGACUUCAUGGAUUCUAUACAAUAGACUCCAUGUACCUACAAAAAUGUGCAAAAAAUUGGGUUGGACCCAACUACUGCAUAUGUUUUCCUCCGUCAAACUGCCUCCAAAUCCCCACCACUAA